CCCUCCCCAAGCUUCCCGGGCCCUCGAAGGAUCUCCGAGGCGAAGUUGCUAGAAGAUACUUAAGAGGGCCCCAGGGGAGAUGGAACAACCAAAGGACGGGGCUGGGCCCGAAGGGUGAGACAAAGACCUCCUGAGACGGGGACAGAAACCCAGAGAGACGAGGGGACCAUGAAAACGAGAGAGAAAGGGCGCACUGAACAGACCUGCAUAGAGAAUCAGGAAAAACAAAAAAGGCUCAGGAACGACCUGUCCCUGCCGUCAUCUGGGACUGAGCCAUGGCCCCCUGCGCCUCUCCCAACCCCGCCACCCUGGCUCCUGAGCUCCACAGACCCUGCCCACCUGGGGCUCCCGGAGAGCGUGGCCUCUGUCACCGUGCCCAUACGCCUGGACACCCUCUCCUGCCUCCUGCACAGCGCCCUGCUGGGGGUCUACACCUUCCAACAGUCCUUGCCCUCUUGCUCCUGCUACCCGCAGGCAGGCCACACUCAGCCAGGCGCAGUCAGGAGGCCUCCCAGGGGACGCGGGGGCUGGGAAGUCAGGCACAGGCCAGGCUGGGGCCGGGGCCCACAUCGACGAGGAGGCCUCGGGAGAGCUGAGCAGCCAGAGAGGGGUCGGGCGGGGGUCCCUGGGGCUGGCCCCAGGACCCCACCAAUGACACUGCCAUCAGCACCAACACUGCCUGCCCAGGAUGGGAAGAAGGAAGCUAGAGGUCCAGAGCCACCCCUGGAAACACCACCGGCUGCUGAGGACUGGGAGACAGAGUACUAGGACCCUGGAGGGUCCAGCACCUGAGACUGCAGUCACCCAGGAGGGUUUUCCUGGGGCCCGGAGUGACCUCAGGCCUGUCAGAAGAACCCCAAGAAACAUCUUCCAUCCUCCCCUCUUCCCAAAACCAUAGUCCCAGGAGUAGCUCCUGUGAGCCACUUGGUGAACCUGACCUAAGUCACCUGAAUCCCAAGCCAGAAGAAAACCCUAAACCUCAUACCCAGGCCUGUCUCCUUGAUGGCCUCAACUCCAUUCCCAACGUCAUCCCCAACCACAACCACAAUCCUUACCUCAUUCUCAAUCCCCAAGGUUCCCCGAGCCCCAUCCCCUACCCUCUCCCUAACCCCAGAGCCACUCCUACCAGCCUCUCUCUUCCCCACUGUCAAUCCCUAUUCCCAAACCCAUUCAUUCCCAUCCCUGUCACCAGUCCCAACUCCACUUCUGCGCCUCAACCCAAACCCACCCUCGUUACCAACCCCUUUCUCCUCAUUCCCUAUGUACCUCAGCCCAUCUUUAAUGUCCUCUGAAUCUACAGCUCCAAAGAGCCCCAUCCUCAACCUUAGCCACAGCUCUGUGUCUGUCCCCACGAAGAA